CUAGCUCAUGGCAGUCAGACAGGUUCAAAGAACGUGCUCGUGAACCUAACACCCUCCCUGUGUUCUUCAUGCCCGAGUCUACUCCCCACCAGUAACAACAGACACAAGCAAGCAUUUCCCUUUAACCAAAUCCCAAGAGUCUUCGUUCGAUUUCAUCUGGGAGGAUUUAGUUGUGACAGCUUUUCAUCCAUGGCGAAUAUGGCACAGAAAUCUGGCAGGCCUCAGGACCAGAUAUCAAACUUUGCCCAAAAAUGCAAUCUUUUGAGCCAGUACUUGAAGGAGAGAGGGAGUUUUGGAGACAUUAGCCUUGGAAUAAAUGGAAAGGCAGAAAUUAAAGGCCUUGAGACACCUAGUUCACCGGCAACAACAUUGAAUCUACUCAACAACAUGGAAAUCUCUUCUGAUCAGAUCACUUCAAGGCAAAACGCUAUGGCAUCUGCAAACAUGAUGAAAUUCAUGGAUUUCUUUCCUCAGUUUGUGGGUUCCGGUCCUCCAAAUUCUACUGAUGACGCUAUUAACAAGGCUGAUCACUUGAGGAAAUCGUCUCCAAUGGAUCCUGAAACCGCCCAAAUGACUAUAUUUUACGCUGGGAAAGUGAGUGUUUUUAAUGACUUUCCGGCCGAUAUGGCCAAGGAGAUCAUGGCUUUGGCUGCCAAGGGAAGCUCUAUUAGCACAGAUGGGUGUCCCAGCUCUGCUCCUGCAAUAAGAAAAGUCAGCUCCACCAAUUCUGUUGCUGCGCUUGAUUCCAAUAAAGGCCAAGAAAGACUGCAAUUACAAUCUCAAGCUAAUGCUUCAGAUGUGCCCCAUGCUAGAAGAGCUUCACUUCAUCGGUUCUUUUCCAAGAGGAAAGACAGGGUUGCAGCAAGAGCUCCGUAUCAGAUAAACAACCCAACUCCGGAUCAUCCUGGGCCUCCCAGAUCUGAAGAAGACAGCAACCCGUUUUUUGCCCUAGACGAAGGCCAAUCAUCGAAACAGCUCGAGCUUAAAUUGUAGCUACUAGCUAGCUAGAGAUUACUUAGCUCACCAUUCCGUUAACGUGGCAUGAUUAGUUCAAUUUAAUUAAAAUCAUUACUAAGUUUACUUACAAUGUUGUUGUUCCCACACACACAUAAAUUUUUCAAUAAAUCCCCUGUGUGUAUAUAUAUCGUGAAUCCACUGCUGAAGAUUUUCAUGUUAA